AUAAUGUCGAACAUGCAGUCACUCAAAUGUUCCCUGCCGGUGUGUAGAAGUAUUCAUGAUUCACGCAAUUUCUCAUAAUGAUGAUGAUUUUCACUCUGCUGCAUCUCUUCCUGUGUAGAAGUGAUUGAUAAUUGUGACAAGCGUUAGACUAACACUGCACGCAAAGGAGGGAGGCACUGACGUCACUUAAGACCAACCUGAUAUUUACCAAACCCACAUCAACGCUUAAGCUGGGCUGACUACCAAGGCUUUAAGUGAUGGUCCUGGUGCUAAAUAACAUGGGCGUGGCCACAGUGUUCAUACUGACCUGCAUGUGCGCCGUGCCACUGCGAGGUCAGAAGCCAGGUCAGGUGGACCCCCUGAAGGCCCAUCGGGGCAAUCCGCAAUGCUGGGAGGCCUCCUCGGCUCUGCUGCUGGAGAUGCGCUCUCCGAGGAUUGCUGACACAGUGUCUGCCUUCUGGGACCUCAUGGAGUCACUCAGGGCUUCAAACAACAGCAAACACACUGCACUGUUCUGGGACCUGGCCCAAGUCUUCUGGGACAUCUAUCUAGAUUGCAUUGUGUCCAGGAGUCAUGGGCUGGGCCGUCGACACAUAACUGCUGUCCAGUCCCUCAUUACUGACGAUGAUGGGGGAGACAACUGUGGUACAGACAACCAAAGCUUUGUUGUUGAGCAGGAGAAAACCACACAGAAUCCUUCAGAUUCAACCGCUCAGGAGCAAAGUCCCACGCGUGGCUCCAUGUGAGAGUGAGACGUAGAGGGCAAAUCAAGACCCUGAAGACAGACCCAAAAUAAAACGCACAACUACUAGAAAAGAUUAAGGAUAAUUCAAAGUAGAUAGCUUUUUAUAAACAUUCUUUCCCAGAGGAAAAACUAGAUUUUUCUUAAAGUGAGUUUUACUUAUACGAUACGGUUUAUGUAACAAAUGGAGGUGAGACCUCACUACUUUUAGGACACUGAGCUUUGUUAUCCCACUUAUCCAACACUUCAAAGGGAAAAAAAAUUGGCAACAUAAAAUUUUACCCCACCCCACACCCUUUUAAUGACUACAGCUUGUUUUUAUCAAUCUCAAAUCAUGCUGCUAUGAUUAUGCAGUUUUAAUUUUUAAUUAUUUUAUUUUGAAUUAAGAUUUAAAUCUUGUCUGAUGUACUGUUCAUAUCAAGAGAUGUGAUUUUAUGUUAUAAUGUUUGGGCUGUCUUUUCAUCAGAACAGUAGUGCCUGAUUGUUCAUUUUAAGCAGAAAUGCUUUUUCACUGCUGUGAGCUGUAAUUCCCUGAAUGUCAAAAUAAAUCAGUCAGCAAAUAAAA